GUACAUACCCUGAAUUUGGUUAGCCUCACUGACGAGAACAAUGGACGUUUCUUACCCCUCUCUAGGAUUACCCCUGAUCUGGGUGAAUGCGCUGGUCUGCAUUAACUUACAAUUUGUAUGUUUGCCAUAAGAAGUGAUAACGAUUACAGCCAGAAACCCAUUGAGAGUACACACCACGGCGUUUGGUUUAUUUAAUGUCACUUACAGUCUGUCAAGAUGCUGACUCCUGCUUUUGAGCUGUCACAGGAUGAAACUUUUCUCAUACUUAUUGUGAGAGUCCCAUUUGCCAAAGUCUCAGAAACUGAAAUUUUCAUCGAAGAAAAUGAAGUUAAAUUUUAUUCUCAACCUUAUUAUCUGUGUCUCACCUUACCUGGCAAUGUUAUAGAGGAUGGUCGGGAAACUGCUCAGUAUGAGGCUGAAUCUGGCUCCUUCACCAUCAGGAUUCCAAAAGAAGUCCCAGGCCAGUGGUUUGAGGGUCUGGAUAUGUUAACCAAGCUUCUUGCACCAAAGGGAGAAAGCAGUGCUAGUCUCCCAGUCAUGGAAGUUUUGGGAGAAGACAUAUCAGCUUCUGGUGAUGAUACAUUGGAUGAUGCGACCAUGUUUGAAGAUUUUGACUGGCAGUAUCCCCAAAAACCUUUUGUUGAAGAAGCUGUUUGCCUAAAUGGGCCAACAUAUGGCUUUGCAAAUAGGCGUCAUGGUGUGUUCAAGAGACUUCAGGAGGAAAUGCUGGGUAUUAUUGAUCUGAGUGAUCCUGAUUCUGUUACAGUGAAUGAAAGAUCAAAAUUGAUGACUUCUUCAGAGAAAGCACAUUUUGAUGAGGAUCACUAUCUUUUUGAUUUAUUUCAAAAUGAUGAUCAGCUGACACCCAUUUUAUCAUACCAGCCUGUCUGGUACAAAUAUAAACCAGAGCUCCCUGUGGAGUUCAGUGAAGAAGAAAAAGAGAGAAUGAUGCAGCUUCCAAGGAAGCAAUAUUUGUUAGACAAAACUGAACUUGUGCAAGUUCUUUUGGCCCUAAUAGAUAUCGUCUAUGCAUUUGCUUAUAAUCAUAGAACAACAGAAGGAGAAAGUACAGUGGAGUCAGCCUGGACCAUCAAAAAAAUCAGUAGUACCUUGUCUUGGUUGGGAGUGCACCAAAGUAUUCAAAACACUGUGCUGACAAGUUUUAGAAGAAGUUUGUGUUUUCCACUGUUUAGAAACUGGGAUCUAAGCCGUAAAGUCCUAAAGGACACACUGAUGAUAUUCAAGAGUGGCAGAAAUAGGAUACUAAAAUGUCUUCUGGAAAUUCACAAAAUUUUUGCUAAUAGUGACUUGUGUUACAUUUUAAAUGAUCUAUACAUCACUGACUAUUGUGUUUGGGUACAAUCUGUAAGUGAAAAACAAAUAGCUUCUGUAUUUCAUUCUUUAAAGGAAAUCAAGGUGAACAAGAGUGAUGUUGACUUGGAUUUGGUAGAGCUUGAGCAGGCUGCCAAAAUGGUCCAAGAAGAAGAGGAGGAGGAGGAAAGUGAUGGUUUAGCCCAGGGGCUGGCACAGGUGUCUUUAAAUGCCAGUUCAUCUGGCAGGUUACCCAGUCCUGAGAAUGACCAAGAAAGCUCUAGUUUAGAGGAGUCAGAUACCACUGAGAUAGGCAGUGAUGAAAGUGAAAGUGAAAGUGACAGCAGUGCAGUUGUAAGCAAUGAUGAAUCAGACUCUGUAAAUAUUAACUCACAUGCCUCUAAAAAAGCCAUGCUUUCUGUAAAACUUCCUGAAAAUAUGGCAGUUUGUACUCCAAUGAGUAUUGGAACCAAUCCUUGCAGCAAGCAAGACCAAUCUGAGGUGUCUGGUACAGGACACAGUUCAAAGUCUGUACUUGAGGUUUUAACCAGCAUCUGUCCAGCUGGAUCAAGUAGUGAAGAUGAAGUUUAUGUUGGUGUUGUUCAGGAAAGUGAACCAAAGAGAACACCACUUAUUGAAGAGAUUUAAUUUGCAAUAAUAUAUUUAUGCCUCAUAGUGCUGAACUCUAUUCAUCUAGCUAAUCCAUUUAAAUGAUAGUAGAAUCAUGUGCUUACAAGUGGCAUUUUGGUCUAUCAUGUAAAAUGUUAUUAAAACAUGAGCAGUGCAUUGUUUGCAAACAAUAUAUAAAUAGCACAUGUAUACAAAUAUGGUGUAAAUUAUGUGCCAUAUACAAAAAGUUAAAAAAAGUUACAGUCGUUUCUAUGUAAAACAAUUCAUUCAAAUCCAUAACAUAGCUGUUUACAUGGAUGUUUUGAGGGACACCUGCUGUGUAUCUUGAUGAAGCAUGUUAAUUUUGUUACAAAUAGUUAAUUUCAUAUUAAAAUGAGGAUGAUGUUUACAUGCAAAUAUGAGCUAAAAUUGAAGGACUUCUGGACAAAAUGUGUUAUGCACUUAGGCGGGUAAUAUUGUGAAAGAAUAUAAUUUCUCAGUGAUACCUAAUAUGUAUAACGUGUUUGACAUGUAAGAUGUGUGUCUAUUGUUGAAAAAUGUCAUAAUGAAACCAUCCUAUUUGUGCUUUUCUGCUA